AUGACGUCCGAAAAAGAUAUGGAUGUUUGCGAUGCGCCUCGCAAUGGUGAAAGCACGGGGAAUGGGCAUCGUGCCGUUGGUGACACUCGACAAGAACACGAUCGUGCGAAUGAUACUGUCGAUCGGGAUCAUGUGACCGAACAGGUGACAGUGAACGAACCCAAGGAAAGCUACGCCGUGUACAACAAUGGCAAGAAGGCGGAAAAGAUACCAGAGAUGGAGAAGAUGUUACCCGAGGACGUGGAGAACAUGUAUCGGGAUAUGCCGCUUACCAAGGAUACGUCCUGCGGGUUGUGGAUAUUCCAGGGUCCUAUGUUGCAAAGAUUCGCCAACAAGAAAGUGUACGUGUUCAUGUACGGUGUGGUGGGUUGCAUCUUUUCCGCCACCUAUGCAUACUUCAACGGUACGAUCACGACGCUAGAGAAGCGCUACAAAAUUCCCAGCAAAAACACGGGCAUCAUCUCGGUGGGGAACGACAUCAGCGCACUGCUGCUGUCCGCCAUCUUAAGCUACUACGCCGGCAAGGGCCACCGGCCGCGCUGGAUCGCGUUCGGGCUGCUGAUGAUAACGGUGUUCUGCUGGAUGACGGCCCUGCCCCAUCUGCUGUACGGGCCGGGUGAAGCCGCCCUGUCCCUCACCACCGAGUACGGUGCCACGUACGAUGCGAACCAAACGCUAGAGGUGAUGGAGGCACAGAAGGCCAAAACGCUUUGCCGAACGAAUGCGACCCGCGGCGCGGAAUGUGAACGAGAGGAGGGCACGCUCGCUCCUCAGAUUGUACUGUUCGUAGCACAGUUCAUCUCCGGGAUUGGUAGCUCCCUGUACUACACGCUCGGUGUCUCGUACAUGGACGACAACAUCAAGAAGUCGAAAACACCGGCCCUGGUCAGUGUUUCGUACUUUCUGCGCAUGCUGGGUCCUGCCAUCGGGUACGCGUUAGCGUCCUACUUCCUGAAGCUCUACAUCUCACCCUCGAUGACACCGACCAUUAGCAACACGGAUCCCCGCUGGUUGGGAGCCUGGUGGAUGGGAUGGUUAAUUUUGGGUGCCGUCCUGGCCUUCUUCGCCAUCUUUAUGGCGAUGUUCCCGAAGCAACUGCCGAGAGCCGCCGCCCGGAAGCGAAUCGCACAGGAAAAACGCCGGCUCGGUAUGCAGCUCAGUGAUGCAUCGCGGCGCGAAGAUGAGCUGCCGGCCUCGUUUAAGGAUAUGCUGAAAACGUUCAAACGAUUGCUGCGCAACAAAAUCUUGAUGCUCAAUAACAUCGCGUCGGUGUUUUACUUCUUCGGCUACAUGCCGUACUGGAUCUUCACACCGAAGUACAUCGAAACGCAGUACAAACAGUCCGCUUCCACUUCGAGUCUCGUCACGGGCACGGUUGCCCUGUGCUUCUCCGCAAUCGGGGUACUGCUGUCCGGGUUGGUCAUCUCCAAGUUUAAACCAAGAGCGCGCUAUAUGGCCGCCUGGAACGUCAUCGUUGGAGUGCUCUCCGUGAUGGGCAUGAUCGCGUACGCUUUCCUCGGUUGUACGGCCAGCGAGGACUCCGUCAUCGUAAACAUUCCGUCACAAACGGACCUUACACCGACGUGCAACUCGGCCUGCCAGUGCGACUACGUCAAGUACUCUCCGAUCUGCGGCGAGGACGGUAACACCUACAUUUCGGCCUGUCAUGCAGGCUGCAAGCGUCAGAACCAGUACGGUGAUCUUAAAAUCUAUGGCGAGUGUUCGUGCAUAACGUCGGUGGCAAAUUACACCAGCCCGCUCUACACGCAGCUGCUUUCGGAUGGCAAUCGUACCAGCGGCACGCGCGAUGAGAAUGCAUUUACACUCGGUGGAUCAGCUAUAGCCGGCCCAUGCCCACUGGACUGCCACCGGGAGUUCGUCACCUUCCUGGUGGUGAUGUGCUUCUUGAAGUUUUCCGGCGCAACCGGACGGGCGAGUAACUUCCUGGUGUCGGUACGCUGUGUCGACGAGAAGGAUAAGGCCGUUUCGAUGGGUUUCGGCAUGAUGGUGCUGAGCCUGAUGUCCUUCAUUCCGAGUCCGAUCUUCUUUGGUCUGGUGCUGGACAAAACGUGUCUCGUGUGGGGUAAAACAUGCACCGGCAAGGGUAACUGUUGGUUGUACGAUGGUGAAACGUUGAGAUAUUUGCUAAACUUCAUAGCGGCCGCCUUCGUACUGGUGGGCACACUGUUCGACUGUGGCGUAUGGUAUUAUGUCAAGGACUUGAAAAUAUUUGACGACGAGGUGAAAGACAAGGAGAUUGCACUGGCUGACAAAGAGGAGGAAGCCAUCACGGACCGGCCAACGUAG